AUGCCUGGAUGGGAAUCCGGCGAGGCAGCUGGUGCCUGGGACUCGGGUGACGGCGGUUUCGGUGGUGAAGACGACUUCAACAGCAACGGCUUCGAUGGCGGUGAUAGUAGAUUUGAGGGCGUUGGUGAUGGUGGUGCGGGAGGUGACAACAAUUGCCGCAACUGCGGUGGAGGGGGCCACUUUGCCCGCGAAUGUCUUGAGCCUCGUAAGAUGGGUGCCUGCUUCAACUGCGGUGAAGAAGGUCACAGCAAGGUCGACUGUCCUCAGCCUCGCAAGCAGAGUGGAGCUUGCUUCAACUGUGGCGAAGAAGGUCAUAGCAAGGCCCAAUGUACCAAGCCUCGCGUGUUCAAGGGACCCUGCCGUGUUUGCGAGAAGGAAGGACAUCCCGCUUCCGAGUGCCCUGAGCGGCCUCCUGAUGUGUGCAAGAACUGCAAACAGGAGGGUCACAGGACUAUAGAGUGCACGGAGAACCGCAAGUUCGAUUUGAACGGUAUUCCGGACAAGCUCCCCGAAGAGGCUUGGGCUGCAAUGAAGGCGGCUAGUGACUCUAAGGACUUGGGAGAAUAUCGGGAAGCUUUCAAGAUCUACUCCAAGGCAGUUCCCCAAGUCACCUUUGUGGACAUCGAGAAGAAAAUGCGUGAAGAGGAUUUCAACAUUUACCUCAUCGCUAUGGAGAAACCGAUUGGCGAUAUUAUGUGCCUGAUUAACCUUCAGGGUAAGCUGAACUGCAAGUAUGUGGUCGGCUUCUAUUACAGCCCGAAGCCACAGCGAGCCGCACUCCGUGAGCGUUGGCCCGCCUCGACCGAGGAGAACCUGGCCCGUCUUGAGGACGCUGGUCUGCCUUACGAUCGUCAGAUCCCGAAAUGUAUCAAUUGUGGUGGUAAGCAAGCAAGAGUACCCAAUGAAGAAAACAAAAACAAAGAUGCUGACACGGACGAACAAGAACUGGGUCACGUUUCACGCAGCUGCAAGGAAGAGCGUGCUGAGCGCGAGCGAGUCGAGGUGAAGUGUGUUAACUGUAACGCCGUCGGACACCGUGCCCGUGACUGCCCCGAGCCACGUCGCGAUCAGUUCGCUUGCCGUAACUGCGGGUCUCCCGAGCACAAGGCGUCGGAGUGCACUGAACCUCGUACGGCCGAAGGAGUCGAAUGCCGACGCUGCAAUGAGACCGGACACUUUGCAAAGGAUUGUCCUCAGGCCAGUGCGCCCCGGACCUGCCGCAACUGUGGAUCGGAGGACCACAUGGCUCGAGACUGUGAUAAGCCGCGCGACGUUUCCACCGUGACGUGCCGCAACUGCGAUGAGGUCGGUCACUUCAGCAAUGACUGCCCGAAGCCACGCGAUUAUUCCAGGGUCAAAUGCAACAACUGUGCUGAGAUGGGCCACACGACGCGCCGGUGCCCCGCCGAGAACUCGGGAGAGCCUGACUUGAUGGGCGGCACGGACGACUACAACAACGGAGGCGAUGACGUCGGCGCUGGCGGCGGAUGGGGUGCUUCCGAAGGAGCGGCCGGUUGGUAA